AAUACUAAUUCAAUCAUUAUUCCUUAAGCUUCCCGUUAUUGAAAGUGAGAUCUCGCGGCAAUAUGGCAAUUAUAGAGAUGUGCGUGCAUAUGGACUGCUCUGGCUGUGAGAGCAAGAUAAGGAAAGCUCUGCUAAAGCUCGAAGGGGUGCAUGACGUUGAUGUGGACAUGGCGCAACAGAAGGUGACUGUAACUGGGUGGGUGGAGCCGAAGAAGGCGCUGAAAGCGGUGAGGAAAACGGGGCGACGGGCGGUGCUGUGGCCUUAUCCGAUGAACGCCGACGAGGUGAUGUACCAGCAGGUCUACAACGGGCCUGCAGCUCCGCCGGGCCACCGUAAUUACCCGUUCAUGUUAAAUGCUGUUCCGAAGUCCUAUAAUUACCGGAAGCACGGCUACGACGACUCGAGCUUGUACGGGUACUACCGACGGCCGCCACACGGCGACAUAAUUGACGAGAAGGUCGUCACGAUGUUUAGUGAUGACAACCCUAAUGCUUGUUCGAUCAUGUGAAAUUGCAUUUACGUUCUGUUUUUUGGUGAUUCAUUUUUUUUAAAUUUUAAAUAAUUAAGUAGGUGUGUUUACGUACCUAGUUGGUCCUGUACGGUGGACAUUUUAAUAUUAUGAAAAUGUAAAGAAUACAAUGACAAUAUAAUAGUGAGACUAUUAGAUACA